GAAAAGAGGAGGAAGCCGCGAUGGCUGCCGCGCGUGGUUGUGGUGACGAGCAGCAUCUGUCGUGUGAGAUCUGCACGAUUGCUUACACGAGCACUGGACGGCGGACGCCUCAAGUGCUCAGAUGCGGUGAGGGCAGCAAGCAGUGGGAGGGGAGAAGGGGCAAGCAGACGUGGGCUGUCUGUCUGUCUGUCUGUCUGACUGUCAGGUCACUCGUAUUGCGCAGACGUAAGAAAGGCCGCUGCUGCUGUGACCUCAUCUGAGCAGAUCUGCCUUGUUGUGUGUUUUGUGCAGUGCGUCCGUGAUCUCCAAAGACGUGCAGCCAACAACACCAUCAGCUGCCCAAACAGAUGCGGGUAAGCGAGAGCCGACACGCCCGAUGCACGCACCAGUGCUCAUGUCGGACCUGGCAGGGUGACGACGCCAGCCGAUGUGGAUGUGCCGAAGAACUAUCCCCUGGCGGCCGCAAUCGAGGCGAAAGAGGCGCAAGGUACAAGGUCAAAUAGACACUCACGCGUAUGCUGCAUCAUGUGGCGCUUUUCGAUGUGUCCAGAGCGUCACCGUAUGGCUACUCUAUACAAGUGCGCCACCGCGGCCUAUUCGCUGAGCCUGGCAGAGGUCACAACGGUCAUCGAGGCGUGUCGUCUGGAGAAUGAGGUUGACAUGGAAGCGGGGCUGCCGGCGCGCGCUCGCGACUUCACACACUCAUGACGGUGGGAUGGCAAGUAGAGAUAAGGACCGGCCCCAUCUCGUGUGACAAUCGGCUCGUCCUGCGAUGUGGACGCAUUGUUUGGUGCUGUUUGGUCUGUGUGGCUGCAGGCGCCGAUUGAGAGCAGUACGUUGAAUCGAAUGCAGGGCAUAUUCAUCAACAAGUGGGUCGGAGGCCACACCACAUCUCUGCGGUCCCUCUACCGGUGAGCUAAACAAUGUGCACUGAGGCAGCUUUAUAGAUUCAUCUCUCUCUCUCUCUCUGUGUGUAUGUGUGUGUGCUGAUAUCUCAGGUCGUCGCGCGACGGGCCGUCAUAUGGCGAUCUGCUGCGUUGUGUGGGCGACACGAGUGGCCUGGUGUUCGUCAUCCGCAAGGACACGUACGUCUUCGGCGCCUUCAUCCGUGCCGCCCUCGAGCUGCCACAUUACCCAAGAGGCAUGAACGAGUACGAGUGCGAUGUGUGGUAUUUCUCGCUGGCCGGUCACUUCGACACACCGACCAAGAUGGAAGGCAGCCGGAUGGUGGGGGUGGCGGGGCGGGAGGGGACAGUGUAUGGGGUGGCGAAGCUGGGGAUCGGUAGGCGGUUCGAUAGGUGGCUGUGGUUGGGCUAUGAGGGCGGCGCUGCUGAUGAUAUGCGCCGCUGCCGUCAUGGCGUCCCCAGCGAUGAUGUGCCUGGGGUCUAUGUGGGUGUGAGGGAUGAAUAUGACCGUGCUCUGUUUGGGUGCAGCAUUGACUUCAUGGCCGACGAGGUGGAGGUGCUCACUGCGGUGUGAGAGUGAGGCAGAGGUCAGAUUGACUGAGUGGUGCAUCUGGUUUCUGGACGUCGCAUGCUUUGAUGGCUGUCUGCAUAUGUAUGUACUCGGCUUUUCUUCAGCUUUAUGACGCCUCGCUGUUUUUGGCCGUGGCGUGGCUGUCUGUCUGUCUGUCCGUCUGUCUGUCUGUCUUCAGAGGGAGAGACCACAUUGAUGACAGCUGCACGGUGCUUUUCUCAUCAUGGCACGCUUUGAUGGCAAGUGAGUAUAUGUAUGUCGCCUUUAUCCAUCUGUGUGAGUCGUUUCUGGCCCCUCGUGUUUGUUUUGUUUGUCCGUGAUGUCUAUCUGUAUGUGUAUGCCAUUUUUGGAUGACUGUAUGUUUGCGUGCAUGUGCGUUCUAUCAUGGGAGGCGGGCGUCCGAUCCCGUCCGAUGCAUAUAUAUAUAUAUAUAUCUCCUUUGAAGUAUUGCGCGUGCGGUCGGUGUGCGUGUCAAUGAUCAAUGUGCGAUUGCGUGCUGUCGGCUUUUUAUGAUCAGACGACGAAGGAUCAUGUCUGUCUAUCACGUGCGUGUCCGCAUACCCCCGACAAAGCGACGAUGGGCGGGUGCGGG